AUGUUGAGUGACGAGCUGGGCGGUCUCCUGAAGUAUGUGCGGCCGUUUCUGAAUUCCAUCAGCAAGGCCAAGGCGGCGCGGUUGGUGCGCUCGCUGCUGGAGCUGUUUCUGGACAUGGAGGCAGCUACAGGCCAGGAGGUGGAGCUGUGUCUGGAGUACAUUGAAUGGGCCAUGGCUGAGAAGAGAACAUUCCUCAGACAGGCCCUGGAGGUGAGGAGUGGAAGAGGGGACCCCACUGGAAGAGAGCUGAGCGGGAGCACUGACAUGAUGGGUUUGGUUCGCCUCACUAAAUGGCUCGUCUCAUCUCUGUAUUUUGACACAAAGCGGUAUCAGGAGGCGCUUCAUCUAGGCACCCAGCUACUCCAGGAGCUGAAGAAAAUGGAUGACAAGGCCCUGCUGGUGGAGGUACAGCUGCUGGAGAGUAAGACGUACCACGGCCUCAGCAACCUGCCCAAGGCCCGAGCUGCCCUCACCUCUGCACGUACCACCGCCAACGGCAUUUACUGCCCGCCCAAGCUACAGGCCGCCCUGGACAUGCAGUCAGGGAUCAUCCACGCAGCAGAGGAGGACUGGAAGACUGCCUACUCUUACUUCUACGAGGCCUUCGAAGGCUACGACUCCAUCGACCAUCCCAGAGCGAUCACCGCUCUCAAAUACAUGCUGCUCUGCAAAAUCAUGCUCAAUCUUCCUGAGGAGGUCCAGGGUCUCAUCAGUGGAAAGCUAGCACUGCGGCACGCCGGGAGACAGACAGACUCUCUGAAAUGCGUGGCGCAGGCCAGCAAUAACUGGUCGCUGGACGAUUUUGAAAAGGCCCUGACAGAGUACAGAGGUGAGUUGAGAGACAACUCAUGUAUAAGCACACACUUGACCACGCUCUAUGACAACCUGCUUGAACAGAACCUCAUCCGUGUCAUCGAGCCUUUCUCCAGGGUACAGGUGAGCAUUUUGUGGAAGAGGAACUUGUCACAGAUGAUUCUUGACACAAAAUUUCAUGGUAUUUUGGACCAAGGCGAGGGUGUGCUGAUCAUCUUCGAUGAGCCUGCAGUAUACACAACGUAUGAGGCGGCCCUGGAGACCAUUCAGAACAAGAGCAAAGUGGUGGACUCACUCUACAACAAAGCCAAGAAGCUCACAUAG